AUCGGAUGGGCACAGAACUCUUGGAACUUCAAAACGCAAAGGAAGAAAAAUGGUUCGAUAAGCAAGCCCGAUUACGAGGUCAUUCGCCCCAGGUCUGGCUUGGUGCAAGUGAUACUCAACAGGAAGGAAAGUUUAUAUCUGUCUCAAAGGCUGAAGGACUUCCUUAUAGCCACUGGUUAAAGGGACAGCCUGAUAACUACGGCGGAGGAGAAAACUGUGUGACCUACUGGGUCUCUUAUAGAGCGAUGAAUGAUGCACCAUGUAACUACAAGUAUACUUAUGUAUGCAAAAUAUAA